GCCCCCACCUCCCCACCCUCUGCCCCGACGCAUCCCCGCUCCUCCCGCCACAGCCAGCUCUAAGAUGCCCCGCUAUGAACUGGCUUUGAUCCUGAAAGCCAUGCAGAGGCCUGAGACUGCAGCUGUGCUGAAGCGCACUGUUGAGGCUCUUAUGGAGAGAGGAGCCAUUGUGAGGAACCUAGAAAACCUGGGAGAAAGGUCUCUACCUUACAAAAUCUCCAAGCACAAGGAGCGCCACAGAAGAGGAGGGUAUUUUUUGAUAGACUUAGAGGGCCCACCUUCGAUUGUAUCGACCAUGAUGGAUCAUUUAGGACGUGAUAUUGAUGUAAUUAGACGUGCUUUUAUAAAGCAUCCUGUAUCAAAGACAGAAGAAUGCAGUGGCAUAAUUCCAGUCAACUAUGAAGAUAAACUAAUUGCGAAGAAGAAGUGAAUAUUCCAAAUAGCACGUUUGAAACUUUUUAAAAACCUUUUUAUUCCUACUUUGGCAAAAAAUUGUGAUAACUGAUGUCCAUCAAAACCAAUCAGUUUUGGCCAUGUUUUGUGUGUGGUAUAGUACACUAUCUUAAGUUAUUGUAACAUUUGAGGUUUCUUUUUGUUUAAAAUAAUUUGAAUAGACUUAAUCUGUAUGCUUAUCUUGAUAUCUGACAACUUGAAAAUUGAUUUUCUUCUCUCUUCUUUUCGAGCAUUACAUUGAUAAUGAAGAUUUAUCCAUCAUCAGAAUGCUAAAAAUAGCAUUCUUUUGCAAAGACAGAUUACUUCAGAAUAUGUAUAUUUACAUAAGAGAUUAAGAAGUCUACAGUGUAAAUAUAGCAGUAUAGGAUGUGAUUUGUUGGAGUUUUUUUGAUUUGUUGGAGGUGGGGUUUUUUGUUUUUGGAAAAAGAUAAUAAAAGCGUGAUUAAAAAUAAAACUUGACUCAUUUUUUAAAAGCAGAAAAGGUACAAGAAAAAAAUAACUUACACUGCCAAAAACCACGUCAUACUUCUUUCUUUAAGGUAAUAAGUCUGUUCAAAUUACAGGUAAAAAAUUAGUCUCUAUAGAAAAGGCCAGAAACUUCCAGGCAGCAGGUUAGAGAAUAACCAUGCUUAUAUAGGAACAGAAGAAUAAAAGAUGCUUUGUUUUACCAUCAGCUAGAUCCAGGUGGACUCAAACUGAGAAAAACGUCAGGGCAAAGGUCUUAAUGUAUAUUUUGUCUUUGUUUUGCUCUUGUGAAAACCAGAGAAAAAGCAAUGCACAUGAAAGAUGACAUUAAUGUAGUAUGACUUGCAGGUUGGAAAUAAAUUCAGUAGUUUCUGGAGUGUGUCCAUAUUUCCCCCAUGCUACUGAAGGAAUGCGCUGGCCAUUUCUCCUUCCGAAGGAGAGUGUGUGGAUAGUUAUUUCUGUAGAAGAAAGUAAGUUGACACUGAUACGUUGUUAUGCAAAGAGGAUAUUCUUUACUUGAAUGAGCUUCAUCCAGAAGCUGCCUCCUCUGGCACUGCAGCAUUGUGCGUUGCCAAAGGGAAGGCCAGUCCAGAGGCCAAGGUCAGAUUCCCAGAGACCUGUGACAGGUCUCGUUGGUGUGACUACUCUCCAGCAUGCUAUUUCAUCGUGCGUUUGUCCCUCUUUUUCGUGGAGGUUGAUGCCUGCAUUCAGUAGGAAAAUCCGAGAUGCUCAUUAGAGUUGUAAACGCAGGGAUGGACAUUGGAGUGUAUCAGAAGAUUUGAGCAGUUCUGGGUUUGAGCAAACAGUCUGAGUUGUGCCACGGAAGAAAGCGAGUAACUGUACCCCGAACAAUCAUAAAUUAUCCCUGCAGAGGAAGGGAGACCUUAGCAUGUCUUUCAGAUGUGUUUGCCUUUUUGAUCGUCGAUAGCUGGUUUGUCCCACUGGGCUGUGAGCGACUCGAUCUCCAAGAAUAAAAUUUCAGGAUACUAUGUGGUGUCACUGGAGAGCCAGAAGAGUCUGUGCAGUCAAACCGUGGCCAAAUACCUAAAAUGUCAAACUGUUGGCAUUCCCAAAGGCCUAAACAGUUUGAAUACCAGUAUUUUAAAUUUUGUUUACCAAAGAAUCCGACAGUGAAGCUCUUCAACCCUUCCUUAGAUUGUGUUCCCGAGUGUAUAAAAUAAGUAGUUUUAUGCUUCUAGAUACUCUGGUUUUCUUGUUUGUGGAUUGUGGAGAUACAUAGAGUUGGGUAACUAUUAAAAUAACAACUGGCAGUUCUCCUGGCUCAGAAA